CGUUAGCUUUGGCAUCCAUGAGAUGCGGAUGACUGAGUCUAGAGGUGGUGUGCAACCUCCCCAUCAGGAGAAAUUCAAGGAGACGCACACCUUCAGAAAAAAGGCGGGAAAAGAUCAAGAGCCAUCGUGGAUCAAUGAAAAAGCAAAGUAUCGAUAUGAUACUUAUGUUGCGGAGUGCACAGAUAGUCAUAGCUCUGAUGCUAAUUCAUGGCCACGCAUGGAUAACGAGGCAUGGGUUAAGGCUGUUGGAGGUUGCUCAUCUAAUUUCAUGCCAGGGAUUGGCUCCCAAGUAAAUCCAGAGAUGGCAAAAGAUCAUGAGGAGUUAGAAAGACAACGCCAACAAAUUGCUUUGAUGCAACAGCAGCUGGCCAAUAUGACAGAAGCUCAGAAUAAUAUGAGCCAGACAAUCGCACAGUUUGUUGCAGCAGCUCUAGCAGCUCAUGGCAUCUCCCCUCAUGCAGGUCAUCAUCCAGUUGCCCCACCACAGUCGUCACAUGGUCUUGGCUCAGGUCUUCGCAUGAAUUCAGCUUUCACCUACUCCACUGAUUCUACACAAACGUCUCCUAUGGUCCCUGAAUAUCAACAGCAGCGGCAAUUUCCGCCUCAAGAUGAUGAUGCAUACCAUCCUACUUUUGAUCCAAACUAUCAGGAGAAAGAUUGGAGCCUUGAAAUCCUUCUUCCCCUGCUGGAAAAUCCAGAUCUGCUCUGUUCUUCCUUCCUCACCGUCGGCUGCUCCUGCUUUGUGGGGGCGAAUUUCUCUGAUUUUGGACCCGUGAGCUUCCCUACAGCUUGCCGCCGGCCUCUUCUCCCCCUACAGCUCCGGUUUCUACAGCUGGAGAAUUAUGGUAUGUGACAGCCUUUUAAGGCUUAAAUUGUCCAUUUAGUUUGCUGCCUUGUAUGUUUGAAUUGUGUUGGAAAAAUGGGGAAAUUCUGGUAGCAAUUAAGAGGGAUUUAAGUGUGUUUUGUUGCUUAAUUCAAGUGAGAUUUAUGUGAUUGAGUGUUAAUUGCUUGUUGUGAUUUUUGGAGAGAAAAUCCCGUGAGAUUAGCUAGUGUUUUGGCCAAUUUGUGGAAGUCGGGGGUACUGUUCACGUCGGGGUACUGUUCACGGGUACUGUUCACGGGUACUGUUCACCAACACUGUUUACACCCCGAGGGCCAACAAUUAACGGGGAUUUAAGUGAUUAGUUUGUGAUAUAAAAACGAAUUUGGAGAUGUCCGAUCAUGUGGAAAGUGAUAGAAAUAGCAUCGGGAUUAGGAGUGAUCUUAAUGAUGAUUUCAGUGUGAAUUUGUGAUAGUGGUAUUAAUUCUUGAAAUAUCUUGAUUAGGUUCUUGAUCGUCCUGUCAGUUUAGUACGUGAAUUGAGUGCUCGGUUUUAUGCGAGUGAGGUAAGUAAAUUAUGGUAACGCCCUUUGAUUUUAAAAGCAUGUUUUGAUUUGUUUUUGAAGUGGUGGCGGGACUAAACCCGUUUUACACAAGCAUGACUGAUUUGAAGUGAAAUGUUUAUGUUUUUCAUUAAAUUGAGCAUGCUUAC